AUGAAAAAGGACGGAACGGAUAAGGGCGAGAGCUCGAAUCCGUUCGGCGGGAGUGGCCUUAGGCGUUCGCCGGUUAGGCAAUCUGCCAACCCGGUGGACCCGACGGCAACGUCGGUGGAAACACCGAGCGAUGUGCGAGCGGACCCGUACGAUCAAGUACAGGAAGCGCUGGAAGACCUACUGAGCUCCCCGGAACUCCAAGAUCCGGGAGCUCCAGUAGAGUUGGUCACGGCCAUGGCUGGCAUCGCUGACCUUGUGGAAUGUGUGAAGGGGAAGUCCAACAUCCACAAGGAAAUACGCGAGAAGCUAGCCAGGGUGAUGCAGCUCUUCAUCGCAGCCAACAAAGCUGUGGUGGAACGGCUUGCGGAGCCCGAGGCCGCCAGACCAAAAGAGCGAGGGCCGGCAGAGACCCCUCUGAGGGCGGACACCAUCCGCCCAAAGAAGGUCAAUGCCUUUGCCCAAACAGAGGGCAGCCUUGCGUUUGCUGGCAACAGCAAGCGUAAGAGAGGGUCUCCCGGGGAACUCAGACCCGGGGACCCUAAGAAAAGAGCGGAGGAUCCGUCUGUCCGGCAGGAUCCUGCGGCCAGCGCUUCCAAGCGGGCGGAAGGCCCUGCCGAAAAGGCAGAUGAGCCGACGAGCGCAAAUACCGGAUGGCGGACGGUAUCGCGCAAAAGGGGAAGGCCCAAAGGUACGGAGACGGGAAAAGCCAAACCCCAACCCCAACGACGCAAACGUCGCGUCAGGGAGAGGGGCGAGGCGAUUGUCGUCAAAGCACCUGAGGGCACGUACGCAGAUGUCUUGCGACAGAUGCGUACGAACGAAGAUCUCGCCGAUUUAGGCGAGAAAGUUCGGAGGAUCCGUCGGACACGCACCGGCGAGAUGAUCCUCGAACUGAAGCGUGGUGCUGGAAACUCCAGCGGGACCCUUACGGCUAAGGCCGCCGAAGCCCUUGGUGACAAGGCUGAGGUGCGUGCCCUCUGUAAGGAAGUGACCAUCCGGGUUAAAAACCUGGAUGAAGUCACGACGGAAGACGAACUGCGGGUGGCACUGGUCGAGCAGUGCAAAAUCUGCUCUGACCAGAUGACGGUUCGUCUGCGGAAUGGCCCUCCCAAAUCUGGUAUGCAGAUUGGGCUGGUCAAACUUCCGGUUGCAGCAGCAAACGCCGCACUUAAGUGUGGGCGGCUAAAGGUGGGAUGGUCUAUCUGUCAGAUAUCCAUCCCCCAGCAACCGGACCGGUGCUUCAAGUGCCUGUUGAACGGUCACAAGUCGUUCGACUGCACUGGGCCAGACAGAAGUGGCAUAUGCUGGCGCUGCAGCGAAACCGGCCACAAGUCGGCUAACUGCAAAAAGCCUGCUAAAUGCCCUGUCUGCGCUGGAGACCACGCUGUUGGCAACCCUAGUUUCCCCAUACAAGAAGUUGUGGCGACGGAAUACGAAGGCAUGGUGGUGGCCAAAGUUAACGGGAUCUACUUCUGUAGCUGCUAUGCUCCCCCAAGGUGGUCCUUGGAGAGGUUUGGCACUAUGGUUGACAAGAUGGUGGAUGUGCUAAUGGGGAAAAGCCCCAUCGUUAUUGCUGGCGACUUUAACGCGUGGGCCGUUGAAUGGGGUAGCCGCCUCACAAACCCCAGAGGUCAAACUCUUUUAGAAGCCCUGGCGAGGCUUAAUGUGGAUCUGGCCAACAUAGGGAAUACCAGUACCUACCAAAGUUGGAACGGGAGCGAGUCAACCAUAGAUGUCACCUUCGGUAGCCCGGGGUGGUCCUUGAAGAGGUUUGGCACUAUGGUUGACAAGAUGGUGGAUGUGCUAAUGGGGAAAAGCCCCAUCGUUAUUGCUGGCGACUUUAACGCGUGGGCCGUUGAAUGGGGUAGCCGCCUCACAAACCCCAGAGGUCAAACUCUUUUAGAAGCCCUGGCGAGGCUUAAUGUGGAUCUGGCCAACGUAGGGAAUACCAGUACCUACCAAAGUUGGAACGGGAGCGAGUCAACCAUAGAUGUCACCUUCGGUAGCCCGGGGUUGGUAAGCUAUUGGAUGGUGAGCGAGGCCUACACGAAUAGCGAUCACUUCGCAAUUCGCUAUCGGCUAGGCUCAAGUACGCGGACAGGCAAGUACGCUACUUUCAACUGUCCUUCUCAGCGUGAUGGAAUUUGCAUUUCCAUGGAUCUUCGUUCUCGUUCUGCAUCCGAUACAUCUGAGCCUAUCAAUGUUUACUACCAGAACGUUGGUGAUGUCAAUUGUUGUCUGGUUGAUCACCUCCUUGCCACGUCAUGCUUCUACUACGAAAUCAUCACCGUGACCGCACUUUAUCCAGUUAAAUUAUCGGCCCAGAUUAUGCAGUGUUACGUUGCGAUCGAAGCCCCCUGA